GACAUGCUGUGAGCUCGAUGAAAAUGGCAGCGAAAGAUCCUUACAGAAGCCACAUUCAUGGAGAUGCCGAGAAGACCACCUACUGGAGACAUGGAGAACCUCCGUGUUAUGACAACAGAGCCUUUGAGGAAGGUAGGAGAAAGGUAUGGCCGAGUGGAUCACUGGAAGAGAUCGUUCAAAACCUCGUCAAGACGUGGGAGAUGGAGAUGAGCCACAAAUGCCAUGUCGAGGACGUCAAAACAGUCGAUCAUCAGCUCUUCACACUCGCGGUGAAUGGAAGAACAUCAAAGCCAGUCGACGAAGUUGUGAGAACCGGAACAUAUAACAUCUUACUUCAAUCCGAAGCUCCCUGUGCAUACUAUGACUCCUCCAAAGAAAACUUUGAAUCCUCACACCAUACCUUCCACCACGCCUUCAACAAUAAGUUUCCAUGGGAAGUUCUUCAAGUGUACUCCGGACCUCCUGUUGUUGUCUUCAAGUGGAGGCACUGGGGAAGAAUGAAAGGAGAAUUUCGAGGUCAUGCUGCUACAGGGGAAUUAGUCGAGAUCAUCGGAGUUGCUGUUGCUACUGUGAAUAGCGAGCUCAAGCUCACGAGUGUUGAAGUUUACUUCGAUCAGGAGCAGUUCCUUAAGAAGCUGUGCAAAGGAAAGAAAUCUUCGUUAGAAGAUGUAAACGCAAAUGCCGUCACUUAAGUGAAAGCAUCCUUGGAAAUCUUCUGUAAAUUUGAACAGCUCAUCGAAAGAAGCCAUGAGAC